AUGAAUGGGCAAGGAAAACAGUUUAUAGUGCCCAUAGCGGGUGUAAGAGCAACAUCGAGGACAAAGGUGUUUGAGGUGGCAACAACACAGGGGAGGUAUUGGAGAAGACAGACAUUCUGGCCUUUUGAAGAUAGAAUUGAAUGGAAGCUCCCAAAAUAUCUGCUUGAAAUGCUGAAUCAAACACAAUUGGUCCGAGUCCUAUUGAAAGUUAUUGACAACAUUAUAUUUAACUCCGGUAUCACGCAGACUCUUAAUCCAAAGCCGCUAUCCUUCACUUCAGCAUACAAACUUUCCAGUCUCAUGGAUUAUUUGCCCAGUGGUCCAACUUUCCUGACUAUUGCUAACAUCAACACUAAAAAUACCAGACAGUUCUUGAAGCUUGCCUAUGGCAUUGUUGCAUGGACAUCAUCACCAAAAACCUCAAAGAAACUCAACAAAAAGGUGUCUGAGCCCUGGGACCUUGCUGUGUAUCUUCCUACUGCUAAGGAGUUGGGUCUGAGUGGAGUGAACCUGCCAUUCUGGUUCUUUUUUGAUCACCCGCUAGUUUGGUGCAAGGAGGUAGUAGGAAAGGAGGAGCUUGAUGCUCAUUACAAGACUGGAAAUGCCCCACCUCAAUUUGUUUGUGCCAUCUGUACCAUGGUGGACUUUUUCUACCAGAACUUUGAGGAACAGGUUGUCUGGCAACUGGAUGUCCUAGAAAAAGUCUGUCUUUUCAACCUGUUCUCUAUUCUGAAAGACUCCAAUAUCAGCUUAAUUCACAAAAUAGUGUUGGAGGAAAGUGCAAUAGUUGCCAAAAUUGAUCCUGCAGUGGCUUGGUUAAAUUGUGUCUUGCCUGAUGAGAAGAAAAUGAGUGGGCCUUGCUCAAUCAAGAACCAUUUCCUCAAAGAAAUACACUCUCAGGACUGGUUGGUUGGAUUCCACCUUAAUAAAUAUCCAAAUGAUACUCUAUCUAUUGCGGACGCGGCUCAAAUUUUCAACCUUGAAGAUUUACAUACUGCACUGGCAGAUUACCAGCACCAAUUGUCUUAUACUGCCAGAUAUGGCAGGCAAGUCUCGGGACCCAGCACCCCUCUUGCACUCAACCAUAUCCAUUGUCACGUCCAAUUCAAGUACAAUAGUUCCCUGUACGCUGGUUCAAAGAAGACAGUGGAUGGGGUACACUUGGAAGAACUGGAUGUCAAUAUGUUCCUGGUAAAGGGGCAUGUACGUAGCACACGCACAGCAGCAGAGCUACUCCCAGUAUAUGGUGCUCAAGUUGAUUGUACACUUUAUCCUGCAAACUUGCUCAAAGUUCCCUCUUACUUCUACAUCAAUAACUUUUAG